AUGAGUCUAGCAUAUCUUCUGACAUUGCUUCCGUUGGAUGAUUCUUCACAAUUGGAUGCUACCAAUCCUGUCUCCGCACAAUCCAACCUGGAGGCUUCAGAAUCACUACCACCACUCCAUGACCUCUCUGAGCAGGAGUUGGGAGUUCUCACUGCUCGAUUUGAGCUGUUUGCCGGUGCCAUUGGCCCUUUUAAGGCACGCUUGGCUCCUAUCGAAACUUUUCUCGACAACUUCAAUAAGGAAAUAUGUGAUCUCUCUGAUACCCUCUAUUCGCUUCAAGAAAUGUCAUCCAAACUCAAUCAUGGCCUCGAUCUGCAACGAGAAUUGGUAGAUCAACUUAAUCCCAUCAUUUUGGACCUAAUGAUUCCCCCGGCAGUGGCUGAGUCCGUUCUCAACGAACCGGUCACUGAGAAAUGGGUUGAGAACGUCCGUUUCAUUGUGGAGAAGCAGCAGCUUAUCCAAAAAAUACGGAACGACACUUCCCUGACUUCCAAGGACCUGACUGCGUUCAAGCAGUUGGAGCAAGGCAUUAUUUCGCUUGAGGCCAAAGCCAUUGAACGCAUUCGAGACUUCCUCAUAUUGGAAAUUAGACUUUUGCGUAGAUCGCUCAAAACAUCCUCACAAGUUGUUCAGGAAAAGCUUCUUCUGGUUAAAGAAUUGUAUGCUUUUCUUGCAGAACGGCAUCCAGCGUUGGCCAAACAGCUCCACUUGGCCUAUAUCUACACCAUGAAAUGGUACUACACCACGCGGUUUGCCAAGUACUUGUAUGCGUUACAGAAGCUUAAGUUGAAGGUAGUAGACCUGCUGUUUGUUUUAGGCGGCUCUAACGACCACCUGGACGCCAAGCUGAGUCUUUUUGGCUUUGUAGAGGCGUCGUAUGCUGCAACCCUGAUGGCCGCAUCUGGAUCAGGCCCAACUCCCAAUAAACCAACCUUGGCAGAGUAUUUCCUGUCAGCUACGAAGCGUAUGGAUAUUCUCGAAAAGGACAGCGAUGCUCGACGGUCAAUUCCAUCGCAGAUUGCGGAGACCACGCCGUUUGCUUACUGGUUGGAAUUUCCCUUCAACCAGUGGUCCAACGCGGUGUUGGACAACAUCAUUGUUGAGUACUUGUUCGUUGUGGAGUUUUUCUACCAAGGAAAUGAAAAGUUUGAACCAGUCAGCAAUCUCGACUCCUCAGCCUCCAAUCUCCCCCACUCAUCGAAGGACUGGUCUUAUGUGAUGUUUGACGAGGUCUACAAGAUGGGAAAUCUGUAUGUCAACUGGCUUGUCUCAUUUCUGCAUCAGAGCUUUUCCCAACGUAUGGCGUCAACCACAGCUGCAGCCUCUUCGUAUGGCAAUAGCGGCCUGUCCCAAACAUGUGAUGCGUAUGCUAUAUUGCUCAUGAUCAGGUUGAUCCAAAACCAAUCGUACACGCUCCAUAAUGAAUUUCAUGUCCCCGUGAUGGACGAUUACCACAAUUCGCUUUUGUUACAAUUGUGGCCGCAUUUCACCAAAAUCAUAGAUCUCAAUUGUGAAUCUACGAAGAAACAUAUUCUUGGGUCCAGUUCUUACUCCUAUAGAACAUCCGAGUUAAACCAGGCUCCAAUUAAUGCCACGCAGCAAUUUGCACAGUACAUUACGGGGCUCCUCAAGCUUGCGUUUGUUCAUGAUAAGGAAUCGGAUAAGCUGAGCUUUUUCCAGGGAGAACCUGUAACCAUGUCGAUUGUCAGAAUGCGAAACGACUAUGAAAGUGCACUUACUAAGGCUAGCAGUCGUUUGUUUGGCUCGAGCAAGAGCAAGGCUGUGCAGAAAGAGAUCUUCCUCUUCAAUAACUACUUCUUGGUGGUCACUAUUUUGCGCAGCGAGUUUGACGAUCAGUCCAAUGAGUUUGUGGGAGACCAGAUCAAGCACUUUGAGCUUCUUUGCGAUGCCUAUAAACCGAAGUAG